AUGAGCCUGCAUAUCGAACGGCACAGUCUGUGGUAAAACAGAUUUAGAAAAGCUACCUCGUCAGUUAUCCUGUGACUCGGAGUUACAGACUUGUGUUACCGGGUACACCGAUUGUAAUCUCAUAAACCUGUUUUUGAUGUGAAUGGAGCUUUACGGGAAGAUGGCUGCUACUCAAGAGGCUAAAUUUGGCCAAAAGGACACAUCAGACCAGAACUUUGAUUAUAUGUUCAAACUACUAAUUAUUGGGAAUAGCAGUGUGGGGAAGACAUCAUUUCUUUUUCGUUAUGCUGAUGACUCGUUUACUUCUGCAUUUGUGAGCACUGUUGGUAUAGAUUUCAAAGUAAAAACAGUUUUCAAGAAUGAGAAGAGAAUUAAACUGCAAAUAUGGGAUACUGCUGGACAGGAGAGGUAUCGAACAAUUACUACAGCCUACUACCGUGGGGCAAUGGGUUUUAUUUUAAUGUAUGACAUAACCAAUGAAGAAUCUUUCAAUGCUGUUCAGGACUGGUCGACCCAAAUAAAGACAUAUUCGUGGGACAAUGCACAGGUGAUUCUUGUUGGAAACAAGUGUGACAUGGAAGAUGAACGUGUAGUUUCUGCUGAAAGAGGAAGACAGCUAGCAGAUCAACUUGGUUUUGAAUUCUUUGAAACAAGCGCCAAAGACAACAUCAAUGUUAAACAGACAUUUGAGAGGCUUGUGGACAUCAUCUGUGACAAAAUGUCUGAAAGCUUAGAAACUGAUCCUAACAUCAAUGCUGGGAAGCAAAACACACGGUUAACAGACAACCCUACUCCUUUACAACAGCCCAACUGUGGGUGUUAAUAUCUCGUAGCAUUUUAAAGGUAGUUGAGAUGUGUGUUGUUGCCAAGAUAUAUAGAGAUAUAUAUAUGUAUAAAACCUUAGAUACAGUAUUUAAAAAUUCAUUUAUAGCUUACAGAUCCUAAUAAAUGAGUAAAAAUAAAUAUUUUUGUUUUUAUGUGCACAGUAUAGUUUUUCUAAAUACCUCUUCUUUUAGUGGGUGGAUCAACACACAAUCACUGCAGGCUUAUAUUACAUAAUCUGUUUACAAAAGUUUAUAUACAGCAUAUUUCAUUUGGAUUUAUUAAAAUGUAUGAUUAUUUUGAUUGUUCCAUCUAUAAUAAAGUAUCCUAUUGGUUAUCAGAUAAAAGGAAAAAUACAUGUAUUACCACACUCUGUAUACACUAGAAUAUAUGAUUCCCGCCUCUGAUAUUAUACAUUGGUAACUGGAUUAUCUUUGGAAGCUUGGUAAGUAGCAGAUGGCCAUCUGAGAAAUCUCUUUAACUGAACUUCAGAUUGUUGUGUAUGUUUACACAACAGUAGACUUGUCUGCAUGCAAACACUUUGAAACAGAAAAAUGCAUUAGUAGACCUCUACUUUAUUUAUUUAUUUACUUUAUUCAAUUUAUCUUUCUGUAACAGAUAUCGGACAGUUUUAGGGAGGUGUUAAAAAUUGCAGCAGGACGGAGUCACUGUUACCAGUAUGACCUUAGUUGAUCCAGUGCCACUCUGGUUUUGACCUCAGGUUUCAUAACACUAACUGCAGCUCCUCUGUCAGGCUAGUGUGUUAAUCUGCUGAACUGAAGUGACAUUCCUUCAGUUUGGAAGGCAAUCUUUGGUGUUCUUUAUGCAGCCACUCACAGCUUCUGUUAUAGUACAUAAUUUAUGCUGAAUAUACGUCAUCAGAAAAAAAGCACAUUUGAGGACAGUAUUGUGAAAAAUAAAUUAAGUAAAGUAAGCCUGCAGAGUCCAGCUUCAAAUUUCAACUAUAGUCUUAUUUUAAAACAUAAUUUAUACAAAAGUUAUCUUCAUUCUGGUGGAGUUUCCAGUUUGAUAUUUCUUCUUGCUCACGCUUGGUCUGUUGUGAGUAACCAUGUUUGUCUUAAUACUUUGUCUAAGGGUUUUUAUAUUUGUGCAAGUUUUGUUUUUUAAACUUUUGCCACUAAUGUCUUUUAAAUUUAUUUUAUUAAGAAUUUUUGUGUUAUAUUUAUACACACACUGUCACUACAGUUAGGUCUUUAAUUUUUUACAUGCAAUAAAUGCAUGGAGAAAUAAAUACUGCUUUUUCUACAUAAAUAUUUACUUUUCUACACAUUUUUUUCUCUAGCUGCUAUAUGUCACUCUGUUUACCCUAGCUGCUACCUGAAUUUAAUUCUUGUGUGAGGCAAGAAGACGUUUUUAAUGUGUAGCAUUCUUACAGUACAUUAUUUAAAAUGUACAUGACGGUGUUAUGUAUAUGAACAUUUCAUUUAAUCAAUCAGUGCAUUUGUUUCUCCAAUCACAAUACAGAAUAGUAAACAAAUCAUUAGUGAUUUGUAUACUUCCUUAAUCCAAAGAAAGGUCAUAGUAUAGUUAAAAUACUCCCAGCCUAUAUUCCACAUCAAAAUAGUUAUAGCUUAUUUUUAUUUAAAAUGAUCCCUUUGAUAGGUGGGAACUUCUGAUCUGAUUAUAUACCCUUCAAGAUUUUUAUACUCAGAAUUUGCAAACAUGCUUUAUGCUUGUUACAUUGGCACUAAAGCCUUGUGACUUGUCAAAUGCCCUUAGAAGCUAUUUAAUGUCCCAUUAGAAAGAUUCACGUUCCAUCUGAAUAAUAUGAUUUAAAAAAAUCUCAAGAGGGGAUAAUUUUUAUAUGUCUUUAAUUAAAGUACCACCAAAAGUAUAAGGAAAUUGCCUCAAUUAAAAUGUUAUGUUUGAUCAGGAAAAAUGUCUUAAACAGUACAUCCACCUGUAGUUCAUUUUCAGUUACUACAACAUUAAAUCGUUAAGAUUUCAAAUAGUGUACAGAUAUUUCCCGUCCCAAGUUGCCACCACACAAAGAAACAGAUGCAUUUUCUUUUGGCAGGCACUCCACUGUAAUUCAGCCUGUCAGAAAUUUAGAGCCAACACUCAUCGCAACAGGAUUCAGAACUGUUAUGGUCUUGUGCCAGGUCUGCCCUCUGCUGCCUUAUGCCUGUUACACUAAUAAUAUACUGUACAGGGCAUAUUCACUUUAAAAGGAAAUAUUAGCAUAAAGAUAGCCAAUGUAACUAGUGAUGUCAGAGUCCUUAUAUCAGUCUAAGUGGGAAAACUUCAGGUCAGAUUGACAAGCAGCAAGAUCGAAGAAACGUCUGUGGAGUCACACAAGCUGCAAACAGAUAAUUUAAAGGACAAUACCUUUCUGUUUUCAGAUACACUGUUUAAGAGGGAAAUGCAAAUUCAAGGUUUGUUCUUUGUUGAGCUUGUUAAAUGUCAUUGUCCAGCAUUUCAAAAACAAAAUCCCUCACUCUAAAAAUGCCAAACCAUUUCUUUUUCACAUGUUUCAUAUGUAAUAAAAGUGUAUGUAGUACAUUUUUCAAACCAUAACAAUAUAUGCAUGUGGAAAAGACUGUCUAUAAUGUUAGGACAGUUUUUUUUUUUGUAGAGUUCACAAUGUAGUAAGUUUAAAAAACAAAAAACCUUUACUAUGAAUGAAAGUCAUUAGUGUGUGAGAUGAAAUGAGAUGAAUGGAGCUGACUGAAAGUGAUUUGGAAUUGUUUGGUUUCAUGCCUUGUAGUAUUUCUUUGUGUCUUAAAUGUUGCAUGCCAUAGUAAAAUACUUUUAUAAAUUAACCUCAGAAUUGAGGUGAAAUGGGCCAAGAAGUGCAAUAUUUAAAGAGCUGUUCCCUGUAAAUAAUGAAGUGUUUUCAUGUGUUAUCAGAUGUAAAGGUGUGCAGUGGCUGUCUGUCUAGAAAACUCAUUUAGCAUUAGGUGCAACUUUGUAAUGUAUGAACACUUAUCUAUUGUGUAUGUAAUAGCCAGUCAACUGGUGGUGGGCUGCACCAAGACUAUAUUUAUCAAGAUUAGUUUGUACCCCGACAGUUUCCAUGAGUAAAUUCAAAAUAAUAAUUGUUGUGUUUUAUAAAUACUUGCCUUUCUAUAACCUGCUGGUUUCCAGUAUUACACAGUAUCUUUAAUACUGUUAUAGAAGUGAAUGGUGCUGUAUAUGUAUUUACAUUUAUUAUAAAAUUACCAGUAAAUUAUUGAAGAUGUGACUGUUAUAAUCCUUUUAAAUAAGUAUACAGUGUAUAGAAUUACCUUUAUCCUUUCAGAGUGUAAACAAUAGACAAUAGCCUUAUUUCUUGAACUUGCUACACUGUCAUAUAUUUUGUACACAGUAUGAAAAACUGUUGUGUCUUCGUCGUGUUGCAGAAUACAUGAAGCGUGUUUAAACUCAGGCUAAGUUGCUGUUUGCUGAUAAUCAAAAACAAAGAAGUGCAAUCGUCAUACUGCUGCCCAUACUCUUAUGGGUACAGCUGCUAAUAAAGUACAUGUACAGUAGUGCUUAUUUAAGAUGAAUGGUGUAAUAAUUUAUUCAUAAUAUCCUUUUUCUAUGUCAUUUUGUUUCUUUGUGAAAUGUUGAAAAAUAGUGUGAUUAAAUACUUAAAAAUGAAAAUUAUUAUCCACCUUUAAAGGCUAAUCGUGCCUGUGUGAUUAUCUUUGUUCUCCAUAUGUUUGCAUUUCUUUCAUCUCUUUGUUCAGGAUAUGCUGGCAGGUCAUUUGGCAGCUCUGACUUGCACCCAGGGUGAAUGUGUGUGUGUGUGUGUGUGUUCGGCAGCGUUUGUUUGCAUUCUAGGAAGAAGUGCAAUGUGGCUUUCUGAUUUGGAGUUUAGCUCCAGCUCCAUCUCCCCUGGACCAUGACAAAUGAGUCUGAAAGAGCACGGACAGGUGAUUUCUAAAUAUUAAUUUCUUUGAGGAUGCCUAAACAUAGACAGAACCAACUCCCCAAACCACAAAAGAUUAUUUGUUUCUCUAAAGGGUUCCUAAAUGAUCAAAUAUAAACAUUUAUGAAAAUUACACCACACAUAGUAAUAGAUAUUGCUAGAAAAUAAGGAUUGAAUGGAAAAUAAUUGCUAAUAAUAAUUAGGCUGUAUAUAUUUUUACAUUUUCCAAAGUGUAGCACCUUAAAGUACCAUUUUAUAGUAACAUUUAGUAAAACCUAUAGUAGUAUGGUAUUUAUUUUGACAUAUGUUUGCAUUUCAUAGGCAACUAAAACAGUGAACAAGGCAGUAAAAAUCAUUUCCAGCAUAACCAUAAUUAUUAAUAAUAUUGUGUUGUUUUACAUAAAGAGUUAAGAAGUCCCCAAUCACACUUAAAUAUCAUGAUUGCUUUAUAUACCAAACUAAACAUAGUUACAAAUAUGUUUCAUUCUGAUUUAUCAGGUAUUUCUGGAGAUUUCCAGAUCUAAAUUCUCUCUAUGUCAACAUGAAAACAUUUAGAUUUAAGGUCAGUUAGACUCUUUAAGGUUUUGUAUUGGUGCCAAUUUCCUCUAAUAAUACAAUAACAUCUGCAACAUUUUUAAGUAAUAUUAUUUGGUGCUUUGGCCAAAAGCAAUGUCUGUGCAUAUGUUGUAUGUUAAUCAUUUGCCGCAUAGCAUUUUCAAGGUUUCCAACUAGCACAAUCCUGUUUGUCUUCUCUCCUCAAAAGCACCCAUACUAUAUUAAGUGACAGUAAAUUUUUCGUAGCUUUUUUGUAACCUGCAGGACUUUCAUAAUGUAAUGAAUUCAAGGAUCAUAUACCCAACGGCCAAUGGCAAAAUGUAGCUAAUAUUAUUGGUCUAAGAUAAGAAGUACUGGAUAUGAAGCGUACAUUUAAACCGCUGCCAAUUUUAGGAACUAGCUUUAUACUUAGUCUAAUUCUGCACUGUUCCUCUUGCCAUUUUGAAAUGAUAAGUAA